GUUGAAAUCACGUAAGUCGGUAAGCUUACAAGUAUAUAAAGUAUGCUUAUCAAUACAACAUGAAACAGCAAUUAUGAAACGAAUGCUCUUACUUCUCUUGGUGUUGACCAUAGCUGUAGUUAACGGACAAAAAUAUCGUCAUCGUCUUCCACCAAAUAUUAUCUGUACUUUACCACAAAAACCCGGUUUGUGCAAAGCCUAUAUGCCCCGGUAUUACUAUGACGUCAAAACAGGCACCUGUCAGCAGUUUAUUUACGGAGGCUGUGGUGGAAAUUUAAACAAUUUCCAAAAUGAAGAACUUUGUAAUCGAAUUUGCAAUAGAAGAUUUUGUACAAAAAUAGGAUGUCUUGAUAGAGCUUGCACCAUCCAAAAAUGUCCAGCCUUUCCCCGGGCCAGCUGCAUACCUGUGUGUCCUUGUGAGUCACUUUGGAUCUAUAACGGAAAGGAUGUUACGGCCAAGUGUUACAGCAAAGGAUAGUCAACUCAUUGGAGAAAAUGGCGCAAAAUUCAAAUAUGCUGAUUCCAAAAAAAGAUGUAAAGCUGCUCCUGUGUUGUGAAAAUAUAUGCUUAUUUAAACAACUAAAGAAAUGCAAUAAAUUAAAUAAAUAAA